AUGUCCUCCUCAUCAGAUACCGCGUAUUCCGAGGAAAAUUCAAGCCCAAAACGAAAAGAUUGGGCGGAGAUGAAACCGCCUUCGAAAGAUGAAGGAAAAUAUGGCAUUGGACCUGGUGUGAUCAAUCCACACGACGACAUACAAAAAUCAGACACCGCGUACGAUCAACACCAAGAGAAAGUGGCAGAUAUUGUCGGCCCAGGCCCAGGCACGAAACCUUCAAACGAUACCAAUGGCCGUGUGGAGCAUCGAGAACAUGCGCGAAGUCCUACUCUAUCACCACCUAGCCGUAUAAGACGCCUCCAUAGCAUGGAAACUGUGCAGUCUAAUCAAACCAAAAAUACUGGAAAUACUAUGACUUCCAGGAAAACUCACCAAGAACUGGAGCAUGAAAGUACGAUUUCGACAAUCCGCACCCACCUUGGAUUAGAAGCGGAUGCCCCAAUUCUCGAAGGGCAUGAGGUUCAUCACCACCUAACAUGGAGUACCGUCCGAACGGUCAUGCGGGAACCUUUCUUGGAAUUCUUUGGCACAUUUGUCAUGGUUCUUUUUGGAAAUGGAAGCGUAGCGCAAGUCCUGCUAUCAACAGGCCAGACCAGCGCGCCAGGAGGGGCUGGUUUCGGUUCAUAUCAGAGUAUCAAUUGGGGUUGGGGUCUAGGAGUUAUGCUAGGAAUUUACGUCGCAGGUGACAGCGGCGGUUUCCUCAAUCCCGCCAUCACGAUGGCUUUCUGCCUCUUUCGCCGACUUCCAUGGCGACGGUUUCCCAUCUAUGCCAUAGCGCAACUUCUCGGCGGAUUCUGCGCCUCGGGCGUCGUAUACGCCAACUAUAUCAACGCGAUCAACGAGUUCGAAGGCGAUGGAAUCCGUACCGUUCCUCCUUCUACCACUGCGACCGCGGGAAUAUUUUGCACUUACCCGGCAGCUUUCAUGACGAAGACAAGCCAAUUUUUCUCCGAGUUCAUUGCAUCCGCGAUCCUCAUCUUCGUUAUUUUCGCGCUAAAAGACGAUUCGAACCCCGGCGCGAUGGGAAAAUCCGGCGCGGGUCAACUAUUUCCACUUGCGCUGCUAUUCUUGAUCUUCGGACUCGGCGCGUGUUUUGGUUGGGAAACAGGUUACGCCAUUAACAUUGCUCGUGAUUUUGGCCCCAGACUCAUGAGUUAUAUUGUGGGAUAUCCGAAAGAGGUGUGGAGUGCAGGUAAUUAUUACUUUUGGGUUCCAAUGGUGGCGCCGUUUUGCGGUGUUCUAUUUGGUGGGUUCUUGUAUGAUGUGUUUGCGUACACUGGGCCGGAGAGUCCGGUUAAUACGCCUUGGUUGGGAUUUAAAUAUUUGUUUGCUGGUGGGUAUUGGAGAAAGAAGAAGGAGGGUGGGGAGUAUGAUGUGUAA